ACCAUUACACAUGACAUAGCAGAGCCCUGCGUAUCAUAAUUUUCAGUUUAAGCUUGUUGGCUUGGAAUUGAUGCUGAUGUGACAUUAGUCAGAGCAUUAAUUUGUCCCUUUUAUGGGCCCAUUGGGGCCCAAACAAAUGUAUACGGUCUGGUUCUAAAUUGUGACAAUUUUGCAUAGCUUUCAGAAGGUUAUCAACGUUAAAUUCACCGUCAACUUUUUAGCCAACAUCAACAGAGUCGAAGUUUUGAAAUUGCAUCAUCAUGUCGCUUCGUUCUGCCUUCGUUCGAGUGAAGCAGCUCCUCAGCGGGCAUGGCGGAUUUUUGCUUCCACGUCGGGUUCUUCUCAUCCCCGGCAAAGCUCACCCGCAGGAAGGGGCACAAAAGGCCAAAGCCUUUGCAAGACACGCUGUUCCGAGGGUGGGUGGGGAAACCCCCUCCAACCGUCUGCAGCGAGUCUUUGCUGGUCGCGCGGGGGCCAACGAUUCCACCUUGGCUGCCCAGCUCCGGCGGAACGCCGCCCUGCGGUUGAUCCAGUACCACUUCCGGAGGGGAGGGGCAGGGCGUGGCUCGCGAUGUGGAGGCACUGGAACCCACCUGCCCAUUUAUGCCUUCCUGGGGCUGACGUUGGCAGCAGGAGAGAGGGGCGUGCUGGAGGAAAGUGACACCAAAAAGAAUGAAAAGAUGCAAUGGUUGCCACUGGAAACAUGUUGCGAGAUUGUUAGGGGUGUCUUCCAAAGCGAUUCGCCAUAUUGCAGAGACCCUCAGCUUCCAAUCAAUUCAGACUUCCCAUCGGAUACGGCAUCCUACAUCAUCUCCAAUAGACACCUUGGGAAGGGCACCAACGCGAUCAUCUAUGCUGCACGGCAGAGACCGCUUCCCUCAGCAGAGGGCAGCGUCGCUGAUGGAGCAAGAGAGGGCGAGCACGUCGGAGAAGAUGAUGCGAUCAUCUCCCAGGUGGAUGAUGACGACGAAGCAGAUUGGGAGAUGGUGUCCGGUGAGACCAACUCAGUGGAUCUGAUGGAGAUAUCAGAUGUAGAGAGUCUUGAUGAUGCCAAUGAUGUGGAUGGUGAUGGCGAGACACAAGAGAAGGAAACCAAUGAUGCCUCAGGAGGUCAUCUCAUGAAAGAAGAUACUGGAGAUGGUUAUGACUUGGCACUCAAGAUGAUGUUCAACUACGACAUUGCCUCCAAUGCGACCGCCAUAUCCCAGGCCUUUGAGAGGGAAUGCCUUCCUCUGUGGUCGAGCCUCGCAAAGGGCUCCUUUGGUGACUUCCGCUGGGAGAAUGGGCACAGAGCCAAGAUGAAAGCUCAGCGAUUCUUGCCGCGCCAUCCCAACAUUGUGGAAAUGUACCACGCCUUCGUCACCCACACUGUGGCCCACGACCUGGACGAGGCACGGACCCUCUUCCCCGCGGCCCUGCCAGCGAGGCUGCACACUGACGGGAUGGGACGGAACCAGACGAUGUACCUGGUGAUGAAAAGGUACGACAUGACGCUCGCUGAGUACAACCAGAAUAUUGGCUGCCCCUCCGAGCAUGUUGCCAUGGUGAUCAUUGCUCAGCUCCUGGAGGGUGUGGCCCAUCUGGUGCACCAUGGGAUAGCUCACCGAGACCUGAAAAGUAAUAACGUCCUGGUCGAGUUGACAGCAGGGAGCCCUCAUGUGGUGAUAGCGGACUUUGGAUGCUGUCUGGCUGACGAAACCAUAGGUCUCCAGCUUCCAUACCCAUCAAAACACACUGAGAUUGGCGGAAACAGCGCCCUCAUGGCCCCGGAGGUCAAGUUGGCGGUACCAGGACGGGAUGCUAAAAUCGACUACACCAAGUCCGACACAUGGGCGGUAGGGCCCAUGAGCUACGAAAUUCUCGGGCUGCCCAAUCCGUUCUACUGUCGCAACGGGAAUCCGGGGUUGGACAGUGCUCAGUAUGAGGCCACCGAUCUGGCUGCCUUGCCAGACGAUACCCAUCCAGGUCUGGCCAAAGUCGUCAGCCUCCUACUGCGGAAAGACCCUGCAGAGCGGCCAUCAGCUACAGUAGCGGCCAACAUGCUCCAUAUGUUGCUAUGGCAACUGCCACUUCUCACCUUUGCAUCGUGGGAAGGAUCCACGCCGGUUUCCGCCAUCGCCUCACCACAGCAGCACCUGGCCGCUUGGCUGCUGCGGUUGUCAGCCGGCCAGCUGUGUCAGAGGUCGCCGAGAGGUCAAACAGUUGAGGUGGAAGGCCAGAGGUCAUGGCUAGACGGCAUCGAGUACCAGCUGUGUUGGACCUUUCUGUCUCGCGUGACCCCUGAUGAGGUUAUGAGUGCAUAUAAUGCCAUAGUGCGUUUGUGCACUACCAAUUACCACAUCUGAGAGAUCUGCUGCUCCUUUCCUCGGUAUUAUUAUUCAGAUGUUAGAAAGUUUUUUCCCACGACAAGCUUUAUUCUCCCGAGGCGAACCUGUAGAACAAAGCCAGGUUGACCCUUCAGACUAUCGUUUCAAUGAUUACCUGAACUUUUGCAGGCUACUUUCAAGACCUGGAGUAAGUGGACUCAGUAGGUCGUUUCCCACCUUGUGAUUGCCCGAGGAAAAAGCAUGACAUUAUUACGUUACUCGUCUAUUGUUUUGUGUAACUCACAGGCCUGGGCUGGUGUCCUGACUUCACAAAUGAUAUCAGGCAUGAGUCUCAGUGUAAGCGGUAAGCUCCAACGGCCAGCAGGUGAAUUCAGAUAUGAUUAAUUGAAUGCAUGAGAAAAGCCAGACUUUGAGAGGAAAUAACUUCUAAAAUAUCAAUGUAGAAAUCUGUCAAUUUUGUGAGCUGUUGCAACGACAGACGCAAACUGUUCAAGUUUCAUUCUCACUGACCAUUUUUUUUAAUAUCAACAUUAAUUUGCACGCGACACAUCGUCUUUUAACCACUACUGGAGUACAAAAAAGACUUCUCAAUACCUUCGUUCUAUCAAGUAUCUUUGGAAUUCAAUAAUUUAAAUAAAGUAAUGACGAUUGGUUUUUGCCCAACGUUACCCAUCAGCUUAGAUUUGUGAAUACGAAGACGUAGGCAUUACACAAGUCAUGGAAAAUAGAUCAACGAGUUGAAUAACCGUAGAUACAAGGAUCAUUUAUGUUAGGCUAUAAAAUGUGCCGGACCGUUUGAAGAAUGCAUGUAAAUGGGGACCUGUUUUGCGUUCGAUGCUAUCAAGCGCCAAAAAUGAAGAGUUUAACCUCGCUUUCAAAUUCAAUAUGGCUGACUCAUAACUAAGGUCUUUUGAAUAGAGGGCCCACCAGCCAAUGACAGGGAAAAUUUUCCAGUAUCCUUGUGUGUCUGCCCCCCGUGACAAAGUAAAACAUGUACGGGGGAAGUGGUCUCUUGAACGGGGGUGUUCUGUGCUGGUGCGGUCAAGUGGGUGAUGCAAAUGCGUCACUUGUAAGGGCGACGGCAGAAGGGAUAAGUGUGUUUAAAAGAAAGGUUUGCUUGUGAAUAAACUCAGAUAGUUUGGAAUUAUGAAA